GUUCCAAUUGCGAACUAGGAGUGCAAAGAAAGCCGACGCGCAACGCGGCAAUUUCAACCACGACCGACAGCAGCGCCGUGGGCACACGACUAUGGUCAUGGAAGCUCUCAGGACGGCGCCAGCUCGCCGCAUUCUAAGAUGGCGCUCUGCAACAGCCUGGUCAAGGGGCUGGGUGUGUCGGUCCUGCAGUAGCCAAAGUCCAAGGUCGUCGUCUCGCAGCUUCACAACUGCGCGCGCAACCUCGAACUCGACUUCAACCUCAAUCUCGACUCCAACUUCGCCCUCGCCGUCCGCAAAGCCCUACUAUGUCACAACGCCAAUAUACUACGUCAAUGCUGCGCCUCACGUCGGCCACUUGUAUUCGAUGGUCCUAGCCGACGUCCUGAAGCGGUGGCAGACACUAGCGGGCAAGCGGGCGCUCCUGUGCACGGGCACCGACGAGCACGGGAUCAAGGUGCAGCAAGCGGCGGCUCGGAAUGGCGUGCAUCCCAAGAACUUUUGCGACGACAACGCCGCCAAGUUUGAGAAUCUCGCGAAUACGGCCGUCAUCGACUACGACCGCUUCAUGCGCACCACUGAUCAGGACCACGUCGACGCCGUGAAGCACUUCUGGUUCUUGCUCAAGGGGCGGGGGUUAAUAUACAGGUCCACGCACACGGGAUGGUACUCGGUCAGUGACGAGUGCUUCUAUCCCGAGACCCAUAUCGAGAAGACGAUGGACCCCUUCACGGGCGAGGUCUUCAUGGCGUCUAUCGAGACGGGAAACAAGGUCGAAUGGACCGAGGAGAAGAACUACCACUUCCGCAUGACGGAGAUGAAGUCCAAGCUGCUGGACUUUUACAACAAGAAUCCCGAAUGGGUCGUGCCCGCCGCUCGGAUGAGUCAGGUGGUGGACUGGGUCAAGAACAGCCUCGAGGACCUGUCCAUCUCCAGGCCCGUCGAUCGACUGAGCUGGGGCAUUCGGGUCCCCGACGACGAAAGUCAGACAAUUUAUGUAUGGGUGGAUGCGCUGAUCAAUUACAUCACAAAUGCCGGCUUUCCUCUUUGGACCCCGGGAAGCGAGCACGAAGGUGGCUGGCCGGCAGAUGUCCAUGUGAUUGGCAAGGACAUUGUUCGAUUCCACUGCGUGUACUGGCCUGCACUUCUCCUGGCGCUAGACCUUCCCCUUCCUAAACGAGUCUUAAGCCAUGCGCACUGGACCAUGGACCGGAAAAAGAUGUCCAAAUCCGUUGGUAAUGUGGUGAAUCCGUUCUCUGCUAUCGAAAGAUUUGGCAUCGACGCACUACGUUUCUACCUGAUCAACGACGGCGGCAUAAUUGACGAUGGAGACUAUAGCAACGAGAAGAUUACCGAAAGGUACAAGCACAUUCUCCAAAGCGGACUCGGGAACUUGCUCGCUCGUGUCACAAGAGCAGAGCGCUGGAAUAUCCGACAGGCCAUUGUGGCGGCCAGUGGCGGCGAUUUCGGUCCCGCCCCGCAGAGUCUGGAAGAUGUUUUCGUCGCCCACGAUAAAGUAUUGAGAAAUGCUGCACCUGCCGCGGCGAAGCAGAUGGAGGAACUCAACCCGAGGGGCGCGCUCCGUGCCGCCACGGCGGUGAUGAUAGAAACGAACAAGUUCUUCACUGAGACGGCGCCCUGGAAUCUGGUCAAGCAGAAGGGCAUGGAGACGGCGCUUGCCAGGGCAAUCUACCUGGCGGCGGAGAGCCUGAGGAUUACCGGGAUCCUGAUGCAGCCGUUCAUGCCCGGCAAGGCUACCGAACUACUCGACGCUCUGGGUGUCGCGAACGAUAUGAGAACACUGGACCAUGCCACGCCCUACACCGACUUCGAUUAUGGCACGCCUUUCGUCGCUUUAAAGCGCCCUUACAGCGGGCUCUUCCCCCAGCUCCCGGUGGAAGACUAGGCCGACAGCGUAGGUCGAUGGAAAUUAGCUCGAAACCGGGGUUGUUUAACUGGAUAGCGCAGUCUGUAUUAGUAGCCUACUGCUUCUAGACUUGGUUCUCCGUAUUUCUGUUGAUAGAGGUGUGGCCCUGUCGACGAUGUCAGGGAUUGCAUUAAUAUCCUAUCUUGACCUAGUCAAGACAUGUAUAUACGUUUUGAGUAUGCAUGCUGCUGUCGUCUUGCACGGAAUACUGACAGUAGGGUACCUAACAGUCAGGUUCGUACUGGACAGUGGGGGUGGGUAUCUAUUUGUAUGUAUCCGCAUGUAUUGUAUGUACAAUGUAUUAUAGUAUCCGUAAUUUAUCUCCCGCUAAAAGCCAGC